AUGCACAUCGACUUGUCAACUGGGAUAAGUCUUGAGGCGGAACUGACAUCUCCGUCAGAUGCCGACCGGAAUCACGGCGAUGGUGGAAGCAAUCUGGCGAUAUUCCUCCAUCCAUGGUCAUGGUUGGGAGGCCGUAUGCAAGACCCAGUGGUAUCCUUACUGAUGGACAUCUUUGAAGCGCACAAGUCUCAUUACUAUCUUCUGCGGUACAACUCUCGAGGAGUCGGCAAGUCUUCAGGCUGGCCUUCAUUGACCGGUCUGAGCGAGGGAGAAGAUCUCCGGGCGCUCGUACAAUGGGCGCUUGGAACUCUGGGGAACAUUAGAUCUCUCGUCAUUGUGGGCUACUCUCAUGGCUCGCUCAUCGCAUCCCUGCAUUCGACACUACCCUCAAAGUCAAUAAAAGUCUCUCACAUUCUUUUAUCUUAUCCACUCGGGCCAAGAGGGUGGCUGACAGCUUUCCAUUCGAACACAUACGAUACAGCCUUGAGGAAUCUCCUCUCCAGUCCAGACGCUCAUGUACUCGUCGUAUUCGGGGAUCAAGAUGACUUUACCGGCGUCUCAAAGUACGAGCGUUGGACCGAGGAAUUGCGAAGGUUAGCUGGAACCGAUGCCCAGCGAUUAGAGAUUGUUCGCGUCGAUGGUGCCUCACAUUUUUGGAGAGGCCAGGACGAACAGGUACUUGCUGCUGCGGUGGAACGAUGGUUGCAAGGAUGACAGAUCUGUAAGGCGGCACCACUGCCACAAUUCACAAGUGCAUUCUUUUAUUAUCCACUUUGAAUUGUCCGAGAUCUUUUUCUUCCGUAGCACUGGCAUAGGUAACGAAAUGCAAAGCUGGAGCUGGUUUUGAUUAUUUGUUGUGCAUCAAAUGAUCAGGGCUAGACUGAUAACUGAG